AUGGGGCAUAUCAUCAUUAUUUUAUUCAAAACUAAAUCUAAGUUCAAUAUGCUUCGAACACUAUUCACUACGUCUUGUCUCUUUGUAGUUGUAACUUCUGCUUUAUUACCACACCCUUAUCGUCUACAAUAUCCAAUAAAACAUGACUACACUUACGAACGGAAUUGUUUCUUCUCGCCUGCUCAAUGUUUGCUUGGCAAUUUCCCAAGAAGUUCAAGUCUUCAACCAGUUUUGCGUGUGUUCGAGGAGAAGUCACUGAGGAGCAUCUACUCUAAGCUUCUUAUCACCAAUAGCAAGCCCGCUUUUUUCGGAUCGAAGAAAUAA